AUGGAGACACAACAGGUGCCGCCCUCUAAUGGAAACACACAGCAGGUGCCGCCCUCUAAUGGAAACACACAGCAGGUGCCGCCCUCUAAUGGAGACACACAGCAGGUGCCGCCCUCUAAUGGUGACACACAGCAGGUGCCGCCCUCUAAUGGAAACACACAGCAGGUGCCGCCCUCUAAUGGAAACACACAGCAGGUGCCGCCCUCUAAUGGAGACACACAGAAGGUGCCGCCCCCUAAUGGAAACACACAGAAGGUGCCGCCCUCUAAUGGAGACACACAGCAGGUGCCGCCCUCUAAUGGUGACACACAGCAGGUGCCGCCCUCUAAUGGUGACACACAGCAGGUGCCGCCCUCUAAUGGUGACACACAGCAGGUGCCGCCCUCUAAUGGUGACACACAGCAGGUGCCGCCCUCUAAUGGAGACACACAGAAGGUGCCGCCCUCUAAUGGAGACACACAGCAGGUGCCGCCCUCUAAUGGAGACACACAGAAGGUGCCGCCCUCUAAUGGAGACACACAGAAGGUGCCGCCCUCUAAUGGAGACACACAGAAGGUGCCGCCCUCUAAUGGAGACACAGAUAAGGUGCCGCCCUCUAAUGGAGACACACCGAAGGUGCCGCCCUCUAAUAGAGACACACAGCAGGUGCCGCCCUCUAAUGGAGACACACAGAAGGUGCCGCCCUCUAAUGGAGACACACGGCAGGUGCCGCCCUCUAAUGGAGACACACGGCAGGUGCCGCCCUCUAAUGGAGACACACAGCAGGUGCCGCCCUCUAAUGGAAACACACAGCAGGUGCCGCCCUCUAAUGGAAACACACAGCAGGUGCCGCCCUCUAAUAGAAACACAGCAGGUGCCGCCCUCUAA